AUUGAUGAAGAAGGCCAUCCACAGGUGGUAUACUAUCAGUCCGGCAUUGGAACGGAUAGCUGGUGGAAAUCAGACACGCUCAUGCAGGCCUUUGGAAUAGGCAUUGACGAAAAGAUCAUGGAGGCAUACAGCUUUAUUUGCAACAACUAUAACAGGGGGGAGGAUGAGAUAUACUUGAUUGGUUUCUCUCGGGGCGCUUUCACGGCGAGAUGCAUCGCACAUCUUAUUCACGAUAUUGGUCUCCUCACCAAGAAGGGGCUCUACUUCCUUACCGAAGUUUUCUUUUUCUGGAAGACGAACCGCGGCGCAGUAGCCGACCCUAUACGGCAAAAUCGCCCUAAGUGGAUGUCAUCCGAGUAUUUACGAUCCGCAUCUCUACUUGGACACUUAGAUGUUCGCGUCGAGAUAUGCGCUCUUUGGGAUACAGUCAGCUCAAUAGGGCUCCCGUCAAUGGCCCGUCGCCUCUUACCUUACCAGCCGAGCAGCCUGGGCUUCGUCCAUUCCGAUCUCUGCCCCGGUGUUGAAUUCUCCUAUCAGGCUCUUUCCCUCCAUGAACGUCGGGCAGACUUUCUUUCCAUUGUUUGGAAGUAUCCAGACGACGCCAAAACCUUGAGAAACCGACUAGAGCAAUGCUGGUUCAUGGGCUGCCAUAGUGACAUCGGUGGCGGAAAUCGGGAUGAGGGCCUCGCCCAUUUCCCCUUGAUAUGGAUAAUAUCCAAACUGAGGCAUGCGCUGGACUUCGACGAUGAAAAUCUCUGGGAA